AUGCCAGCCACAAAUAAUUUGUACAGUGUGCCUCAUACAAACAACCCAUAUUCAUCGUUUGCUUCACAUUCGCCGAAUUUUUCAGUGCCAUCCACUAGUGCCAGUGGAGGUUAUAACCACGGUAUGAUGUAUUCCCCGCAUAAUCCGUUCAUGACGCGAAAAUUGUUAGACCUGCCGGAGUUUAGUGGACGUCCAGAGGACUGGCCCGUGUUUUACACAGCCUUCAACGAGUCUACGGCAGCUUAUGGUUAUAGCAAUUUUGACAAUAACCAACGGCUGCAAAAGUGUCUAAAGGGUGAUGCUCGCGAAACAGUGAAGUCAUUGUUGAUCCACCCCAACAAUGUGAGCUACAUUAUAGAACAACUUAAGUUCAGGUAUGGCCGUCCGGAACAGCUUAUUCAUAGCCAGCUGCUACAAGUUAAAGAAAUCGCGCCGAUUUCCGAGAGUGCUUUAACUAAGCUGGUACCUUUUGCCAUUAAGGUAAAGAACAUUUGUGCAUUUCUGCAGUCAGCCAAUGCAGAACAUCAUUUAUCAAACCCAACGUUACUCGAUGAGCUUAUAUCAAAGCUACCAAUGAGCAAGCGCAUCGAAUGGGGUCGAUACGCCGCCACUGUCCAGCCGAGUGCUACAGCUACGAACUUUAGCGAGUGGCUUUCUUUACUAGCCAACGUAGUAUGCACCAUUCACGACGAAAGCCAGGUUCCUGCCCGUGAAUCAAAACGACGAGUACUUCUUCAUGUGGAAGAAAGACAACCGACGCAGAAAUGUCCAAUAUGCCAGGGCCAGCACAAAGUACCAGACUGCAAACGCUUCGUCGACAAAUCAGUGUCAGGAAGAUGGUCGGAAGUAAAGUCACAACGCCUGUGUUUUGCUUGCCUGAACGUUGGCCACAUUACACGCAAUUGCAGACAAAGGAAAGAGUGUUCCAUCGAUGGGUGCAAGCGAGUGCACCACCAGCUACUCCACGAACAGGAUCAGCAGCCACUAUCGACAUCUGUCAAGAACGCCAGUCGAAUUACUUCAUUGCAGCCAUCACCGCCGCAAGUUAAGGGCCCACCUAAGCCGUCCAGCGACUCAGGAGCCGCAGUCCUGAGCUGCGCUACAAAUGCAGCAGAGAGUAAACUCUUGUUCCGCAUAUUACCCGUCACUCUCUACGGAAGACAACGCCGUCUAGAGACAUAUACCCUAUUAGACGAAGGUUCAUCGAUCACAAUGCUCGACGAUACUCUCGCCAAUGAGUUAGAUCUACGUGGACGACCAAGCAGGCUGAACGUCCAGUGGUUUGGUGGACAUGCUGUCCAAGAACAAGCAACCAUAGUAGACCUAUUCAUCAGUGGUGCUGGAAUGGAUAAACGUCAUAAGCUACAGAAUGUAUACGCCGUGAAGAAUCUACAACUACCGUCGCAGAGCCUAAGCAAGGCCGACUUGUUGUAUGAUGACAAACGUGUACGCCAGUUGCCAAUGCAGGCACACUCUGGCGUGGUACCGAGACUGCUCAUCGGGAUAGACAACUGCCAUUUGGGUUUGGCAUCCACAACCAUCGCAAUGCGGAAGAAUGGACCAUUCGCUGCCAACACCGAACUGGGUUGGGUUGUGUUCGGUCCAACCAGCAACGAUCUUCCUAAGCCAUCUACUUGCCUUUUCGUCAACACUAAUCUCGACCAGGAACUACAUAGCAUGGUUGCCAAUUUUUUCGAAGUUGAAAGCUUUGGGAUGAUGUACAGCUACCUGACAGCUACCAUGGCGCUCAAGAGACUGGUAAGUGUGGAAAAGCGUAUGAGCCGCGACGCAAACUUUGCUUCUAGCUACAAUCGGAAGAUACAGUCUUACGUGGAGAAGGGUUACGCUCGUAGACUUGCACCGGCUGAAGCCAUUGUGACUACGCCACGUACUUGGUAUCUACCACACUUUGCCGUGGUCAAUCCGAACAAGCCCGCAAAACUGCGCUUAGUGUUCGAUGCUGCCGCCGAGGUUCAAGGCGCCUCUUUGAACCGUCAUCUGCUCAAGGGCCCACAGGAGUACAGACCACUGCCGUCCAUUAUUCUCCACUUCCGCCAAGGAGCGGUAGGUGUAUGCGGUGACAUCAAGGAGAUGUUUCACCAAGUACUAAUUCGCCCAGAGGAUAGAUGCGCCCAACGUUUUCUGUGGCGAUAUGGGGACGUCGAAAAACAGCCUGACAUCUACGAAAUGUGCGUCAUGACGUUUGGUGCUGCCUGUUCACCCUGCGCAGCGCAUUAUGUCAAAACGCAAAAUGCUUUAGCACACAGUAACGACGAUCGCACCACUGCCCGUGCCAUCAAAGCCGUUGUGAACUACCAUUACGUCGACGACUUUGUGGAUAGUUUCGACACGCCAAGGGAGGCUAUCGACGUCGCUCAUAAGGUGAAGGUGAUUCAUCAGGAAGCUGGAUUCGAGAUCCGCAACUUUACGUCAAAUUGUUCAGAAGUGGUUGCGGCCUUGGAUGGAAUCGAUGUCACUAAAGUUCUGAACGAGAAGGAAGGUGUAACUUCUGAAAGGGUACUCGGUCUAUUUUGGCAUCCUGCCACAGAUUGCUUCAACUUCAAUCUGAAAUUCAACAACGUCAGCGAAACUGUGCUAAGGGUCCAGUACGAACCUUGUCGCACUGCCUCCUCGGCCACGAUGCGAGGCAAUCUGUUAGACGGCAGACUAAAACAGCGCCCAAUAAAAAACACAUGGGCACGUAUGGUGUGGCAAAAAUGA